AAGUGACACUUCACUAAAACAGGGAAGUGAACGCCUCCUAAAGAAGCCUCAGCUCAUUUGUUCUCUCAGUCGAAGGUGUGAGAAGGAGACAGGAGCACGAUGGUUGAACUCAAAUGGACUAAAUGGAUUAAAAUGUCUUUGUUUGUGAUGCUGGGGCUUCAGUUCACAGCAGCUGUCACAGGACAAGAUUCCUUCUUUGUCAGAGUUGUCGGAGAUGAAGCCGCUCUGCCUUGUAAAAAUGCCAGACAUGAUCAGGAUAAAUGUGACGCUACGACCUGGACCUUCAGUUCAACUUCUGCAUCAGUAGAGCUGGUUGUUCUGGGGAAGAUUGGUGAGAACGCCAAGAGUAAAUCAGACAGACUGAGUCUGACAGAGAACUGUUCUCUGGUUCUAAAGAACGUCACACGUGAGGAUGCUGGUCGUUACGGCUGCAGACAGUUUGACAAGUCAGGACAACAACAAGGUUCAGACUCUGUGGUUGAUCUGUCUGUUGUUUCCAUGACUGAACAGAAGGACGGUGAUAUGGUCGUCUUGCUCUGCUCAGUGUCGGCAUAUGGCCACUGUGGAUACCUAGUGCAGUGGCUGUAUGAGGGUAUUAAGGAUGAUUGCAUCAACAUAGAGUCAACACCUCGUACCUGCUCAGCCCGUGUGUCAUUUAACACUGCUCAUCUUCAUCACAAGUCAAAGUAUCAGGAGUCAUUCAAGUGUGAAGUGAGAGAUAUAAACGGAAAGGAACGGCUGCUGUUUACCUUCAUCCCUCAGUCCUCAGGAGAGAAAACAGUUGUACCAAAUGGAAACGGAACAACUCAUCAAGCUGCUACAGAUUGUUCUGCUCUGACCUUCAUCAUGUUGCUGAUGCGUGUGGCUGAACUCCUCCUCAUCACUGUGAUCACUGUUCUCCUCGUCAGAGCUCGAGGGAACCAGAGAGCACCUGAAUGCAACACUGUCUCAGACUCAGUGAGAAGCACAACAGUGAUGCGUUCAGGUGCAGCAGCCAGUCAGGUGAACAAUGAUGAUGAAGAUGAUGGUGCAGUGAACUAUGAAAACUCUGUCACACUUCACUGAUCAACAACUUCCACAUCAACAUCAACUCAUCAGAAACUAGAGCCACCUCCUCGUGGUCGUAUCCCUCCACCACUCAGUUCCAGGUCACUUCCUGUUUAUCCAGAGUCAGAGAAAAUAUG